UCUUCUGUCUUUAGGGAUAGAUUUUUUUUUGGAGAAGAACUAUUGAAAGAGUUGUGCAUAUUAAUAUACAUAGAAAAAAUUAGAGAGAUGGGCGGGGUGAUAUUUAUGCUACUGGUGUGCCUCUCCGGCGCAGCGGUGGUUCACGGCGAAGAUCCUUACCUGUUCUUCACUUGGAACGUCACCUAUGGCACCAUCUCUCCCUUUGGAGUUCCCCAGCAAGGUAUCCUCAUCAAUGGCCAAUUCCCUGGUCCCAACAUCAAUUCCACCACCAACAAUAACAUCGUCAUCAAUGUCUUCAAUAAUCUUGAUGAGCCUUUCCUUUUGACAUU